CAGUACGUAGUGUACAGUGCGUACCUACAAUACAGUAGUGAAAGCAGAAAGCAGAAACUGCCUACGACCUACCACCGCCAAACAAUUCGAUGAAGGUGCUUUCUACCGUAUCAGAUCCUAGCUCUACAACAUCUUCCAAAUUGUUUUUCUACAGGGCAACCCAUUGAAAUCGAAAUCAUGGCAAGCGACGACGAUGUAACCACCGGAAAUGUCUUUGACCUGGAUAAGCUCAGCCUCGAGGAACUCAACCAGGCGAAACAGCAGGAAGAGGGACGCCUCCAGGCCCUCACGAGUCGUUACGCUCAGCUCCGCGCAGCGGCCGCCAGGCUAACGGCGUCGUCCAAUGCCAUAUCCGAAAUAUCGCCAUCUUCUGAAGGGAAGGAGGUAAUGAUUCCGCUAACGGAAAGUGUCUAUGCCCCUGGAAAGCUCAGGGAGCCAAACAAACUGCUAGUGUGAGUGCUGUGUUGCGUGCGGAUUUCGGUGGUUCUUGUUCUGCCUUACCUUGCUCUGUGUUGUGUUGCGUAUCGAAUGUCCAUCACUGAUCGAAAUAAUGGCAGAAGCCGUGACUUGACUUUCACAAUCAAACACAAACGCGGCAUUUUUGAAGAAAAAUCUGAUGGUAUCAUCCCUUGUUUUCGUGUUCAAUGUUGGAAUUUCUGAUUGCCGUUUAUGUUUGUCCCGUGAUUUUCCUUGACACAGCGAAAUUGGCACCGGAUUUUACGUUGAAAAGAAACCAAGCGAGACCAACGAAUUUUUGAAUCGGAAGCUAAAGAUUGUCGAUGCCAAUUCCGAAAACAUUACGAAGGCUGUCCAGGCAACGAGGUAUGUGCCUUAUCGUUCGGCGCCAUUCAGUAGGUGUAGCGCAUCCAUAUCGAUAUGAACCAUACCAAUUGAAUCAAAAGGUGCCGGUCUUGCACCUUUGCAACACCGAGUGGACUCGAUUGGGUUCGAUUGAAAUUUCCGUGCCGGUGCUGGAGAUGUAGCUGGCCGUUCCCAGAAACGAAAAAGUCUGGCAGUGUGCCGUCUUUGACUUUGCCGCUAAUGUCUUCCUAUUGGCGGAAUUGUUCAUGCGUUCGUCUUAAUUUACUCAACACAAUUCAACUCACCCCAUCUACACACUUCAACUUUUCAAUUAAUACCGCAUUCACACAACUUUUGGUUCACGUUUUGCAGACAAAACUUGGACAGCAUCGCCAUGUCCAUGCAGGGGAAAAUGAUCGAAAUCAGAGCGAGGCAAGAGGGGCAACGACACCGUGCGGCCGCGGAAGGCAGCAAAUAAACAAUAAGGAACAUAGUCCAUAGAUUAAAUCAUUUAGCGAUGUAAUACAGUAAACACAUAUUU